CAGAAGGGAGGGGAGCCGUCGUGACGUCACCGGAGUGAUGUCAUAUUGGCUAUAAAAUCAUGAGCAGAAAUUGCAUCGAGUAAGAGUUGAGCUCGACACAUCUGGGAGUAAAUGAAGGGCUGUGAUUGUGCGCUCUCCGUUUGACAUAUUUAAACAACCGAUCUUCUCUAUUGAUAUCAACUGCAUUGAAGCAUCAUCACGAUGAUCAUCUCGCAUUUAGUGGCUUGUGGACUUAUUCUGACUCUUAUAUCAGUCAGCGCGGAGGCAAAACCAUUAACGCAGGAAGAACAGAGGUCCCUGAGGAUGCUGCUGGGAGAGGAGCUGUCCGAGUUCCUGGCAUCAGAUGAGAGUCAGAGGAGGUUGGAGAACAGAGUACGUCUUCUCCGGGACCUCCGCAUGGAUACUCGGGCCAAGGGCCCCUGGGCUCGGAUCCUGAAUGAGCAGCCCGGCUCACGUAGAAACAGAGCCGGAUCUAAGAAGGGAGGAACAACAGCGAGGAGCGGAUGUUUCGGACACAAGAUGGACAGGAUAGGGACCAUGAGCGGAAUGGGCUGUCAACCAUCUCAUUACCCCUCCGUGAAUAAUCUCUCAUGAGCGUAUCACGGAUGUCAUGGAUUUUGGACAGAACAGACUUGGUUGCUCUUCUUCUGCGAAAGAACAUAAAGAAUCGGACUAAUGGUACGAAGCCACUACGAGAACCAUUUGUGAGGACAAUGAAACGUACAAUUGAAAUAAAAUAAAUGGAUAAAACUUAUGUGCAAAAUAAUAAAAAAAAAAUGGCGGAUGAUGUGGAUAAAAGCUGUAUAUUGUUGCUGCUGCUGUACAUUCAUGUAUUUCAUUUUGCGCAUAAAUGUAUUUAUGUUUAAAAACUAUUUAUAUGUUUAUAAAAGAGAUAUUUAUAAAUAUGAGUUUUAUUUAUGUAACAUUUUGAAAUGAAUGCAAACUGCAGGUCAAUUCUGUUUGUAACUAUUUUGUCUCUAAUAGUUGUAAAUGUUUUAAAAAUCAUUAAAAAAAUGCACAAAUGCAAAAAAACAACAACAACAACAACAAAAUGUUACUUUUGA